AUGAACACUGUCAGAGCGCCAUCGAUCUCGCCUGCCGGAACCGAGGCGGUGAUCGGAAACGAGAUAAGUGCCCUGUCGACCAACUGCGAUGACGAAUGUCCGUUUCGAAGCAUAGCGUACAUCCAUGACCCGCGGCCAGAUAGAUCUGUAUGUCCUCCAGGCGGUGAGGGAGACAAGGCAGUUACAACAGACGAGCUGUUGCGUGGCGGAUGCGACCGUCAUUCACAAACACAGCGGCAAUACACCAAACAGAACCGUACGAGGGAAGCAUGUGAUUGGUCGCCGAAGCGAAAUCGAAGCUGCUUUCGACAUGACAGGACCGAGGUGAUGAAAACUGGCAAAACGCAGUCAUAUUGUACUUGUAAUUAA